AUGCGUACAAACCAAGGCAACAAGCCAGACUAUAAGCCAAUUCAACAAGCCAGCCUACAAGCCAAGACAGAAAGCCAGCCUACAAGCCAAGGCAAUAAGCCAGCUUACAAGCUAAUUCUACAAGCCAGCCUACAAACCAAGACAUCAAGCCAGCCUACAAGCCAAGACAACAAGCCACCAGACAAACCAAGACAACAAAACGGCCUACAAGCCAAGACAACAAGCCAGCCUACAAGCCAAGAAAACAAGCCAGCCUACAAGCCAAGGAAAAGAAGCCAACCUAAAAGCCAAGGCAACAAGCCAGCCUACAAGCCAAGACAAAAGCUAGCCUACAAGUCAAAGCAACAUGCCAGCCUACAAGCUAAGGCAACAAGCCAGCCUACAAGACAAGGCAACAAGCCAGCUAACAAGCCAUGGAACAAGCCAGCUUACAAGCCAGACAACAAGCGAGACAACAAGCUAGACAACAAGCAAGACAACAAGCAAGACAACAAGCAAGACAACAAGCCACACAACAAGCCAGACAACAAGCCAGCCCACAAGCCAGACAACAAGCCAGCCCACAAGCCAGACAACAAGCCAGCCCACAAGCCAGACAACAAGCCAGCCCACAAGCCAGACAACAAGCCAGACAUCAAGCCAGACAAGAAGCCAGACAAGAAGCCAGCCACAAGCCAGCCCACAAGCCAGACAAGAAGACAGCCCACAAGCCAGGCAACAAGCCAGCCAUAUACUCACAACACUCAUCUUCCAGCUCGUCCUCCCUGCCCACACAGUCGACCUCUCCGUUACAUCGUCGACUGCGAGGAAGACACUUGCCGUCGCUGCACUGGAACCCUCCCUUGGGACAUCCUGUAA